AUAAACUGUGUAAUAAAGAUGUUUAUAUUCUUCGUUCGAUAAUAAAAUGAAAAAUAUAUUAUAAUUUACACUGAUAAUGGACUAUUUAUACGACGACAAACUAUGUGGUUAUGCAUUCGGUUGCGUUGCGUAAAACACUUAAAACAUAACUAUGGCACAAGAGUGGCAAGUGGAAGGCAAACACUUUUUGAUAACUGGAGGGGCGUCGGGACUGGGUGCCGCGUAUGUGGAAGCAUUUUUAAAGCUGGGAGCAAAAAAUGUAGCCAUACUGGAUAUCGACGAAAAACGGGGCAAAGAGUUCGCUGAAAAACUCAAUGAGACAUACAAAAGUAAAGUAAUUUUUAUCAAAUGUGACGUAAGCAAAGAAGAAGAUAUUAAAAACAGCUUUCAACAAGUGUUAAGUGCAUUCAAAAGGAUAGACGUUAUAAUCAACAACGCUGGGGUCAUGGAUGAUUCCAUAGAUGUAUGGAGGUUAGCCUGUGAUAUCAAUUGGCAAGGACUCGUCUCAUUUACCAGGAAAGGUAUAGAUCAUAUGCGUAAGGAUAAGGCCGGAUCAGGCGGCACUAUCAUCAAUAUUUCUUCAACAGUGGCCUUAGUAAACAUUGAUUUUGUACCGGCCUACAGUGGAUCUAAGGCCGCAGUAUUACACUUUGGUAGAAGCAUUUCGACACAGGAGUUCUACGAUAACACAGGAGUUCGCGUACUGACGAUAUGUUUUGGACCGACUGCAACAUCUCUUCUGGACAACAUUGAGCCCAAAACUGUAGACCAAAAAUUCUCAAAGACGUUUCUUAGUCUUCCAGUAUACACAUACCAAAGCAUCGAAUCUGCUGUAACAGCUUUCGUGAAGAUGUUCCGCGAGGGAAAACCAGGAUCAGUGUGGCUAUCCCAACACGACAAGAUCGGGCAGGACAUUACGUCAGAGUUGGACGAAGCUGAAAAAUUUAUAAAAAAGAUGGUGUACCCUUGAGAUCUCCCUGGUGAUGCCAAUAUACGAAAUAUAGGUUUCAAAAACUUAAGUGAUCGAACAUCAAUCGUUUAAAAUUAAAAAUAAAUACAAAGUCAUUUGUUUAUGUAUAUUUUCACAUGCAUCUCAGACCAAUUACAAUAGGACCUGCCUCGUUAGACGUUACCCCUCUGUCAAAAGUAUAUGAUCACGAUCUAACGUGCGUAAUUUAUACAAACUGCAUCUAUAGAAUCGAUGUUUGGAUGUGUUAAAAUUACACGUGUAUGUAUUACGAUUUAAUUUUAUAGUUGUGUGUAGUGUUUACACAGGAUAUAUUUUUUGGUGUGAAAUAAUUUUGACGUAUAAAUGUUAUAAAUAUAAAUGUUAUGUGCGCCUAGUUUAUA